UAUAUAUAUAGGAUUCUCUUUUGUAAUAUCCCGGCUUUUUUUAUUAUUCUUCAGUUUUAAAAAUGGCACUUCUCCGUUCAUUGACCAAGCUUACUGUACCUACUCGCGUUGUACCAUCUCUGGCUAUCGGUGCCACUCGUGUGUACUCUACAAAAACUAAGAGCUUGAAAGAACGUCUCUCGGAAAUUAUCCCAGAGAAACAAGCAGAAGUAAAAGCAUUUAAGAAGGAAUAUGGAUCCAAAGUACUUGGUGAAGUCACUGUGGAUCAAGCAUACGGUGGUAUGCGUGGUAUCAAAGGACUCAUCUGGGAAGGGUCUGUUCUUGAUUCCGAAGAAGGUAUUCGAUUCCGUGGUAUGACAAUUCCCGAGUGUCAAAAGGCUCUUCCUGCUGCCACACCCGGUGGUGAGCCGCUUCCUGAAUCUCUUUUCUGGUUAUUGGUGACAGGUGAAGUACCUACCAAAGAACAGGUUGACCUUCUUUCUGCUGAAUGGGCUGCACGAUCCACGAUUCCUCAAUUUGUCGAGGAUCUAAUUGAUAAUUGUCCCAAGACACUUCAUCCAAUGUCGCAAUUCUCUAUUGCUGUCAAUGCUUUACAACACGACUCUAAGUUUGCAAAGGCAUACACAAAAGGUAUCCACAAGUCUAAAUAUUGGGAACCGACCUAUGAGGAUACUAUGGACUUGAUUGCGAAAUUACCAAACGUUGCUGGCCGCAUCUACCGUAACGUUUACAAGGAUGGUAAACUCCCUCCGAUCGAUUCCAACAAGGAUUACUCUUACAAUUUCUCUAAGCUUUUGGGAUAUGAAGACAAUAAGGACUUUGUUGAAUUGAUGCGUUUAUAUUUAACUAUCCAUUCCGAUCAUGAAGGUGGUAAUGUCUCCGCCCAUACAACUCAUUUGGUUGGCUCUGCAUUAUCCGAUCCAUACCUUUCAUUUGCGGCCGGUUUGAAUGGUUUGGCAGGACCUCUUCACGGGUUAGCUAAUCAAGAAGUACUUCGUUGGACUUUAAAGAUGAAGGAUACGAUUGGUAGCGAUGCCGAUGAAGAAAAAAUCAAGAAGUAUCUCUGGGAUACAUUAAACGGCGGUCAAGUCGUACCUGGUUUUGGUCACGCCGUUUUGAGAAAGACGGAUCCUCGCUACUCAGCUCAACGUGAAUUUGCAUUAAAGCAUUUGCCUGAUGAUCCUCUCUUUGGCUUGGUCUCCAAAUUGUAUCAUAUCAUUCCUGGUGUACUCACCGAGCACGGAAAGACUAAGAAUCCUUGGCCCAAUGUGGAUGCUCAUUCAGGUGUACUUCUCCAAUACUAUGGUUUGACUGAACAAGAUUAUUACACGGUACUCUUUGGUGUUUCUCGUGCACUUGGUGUCACCUCUCAAUUGAUCUGGGAUCGUGCACUUGGUUUCCCUCUUGAAAGACCCAAGAGUUAUAGUACAGAGCAUCUCAAGAAGAUGUUUGGUGCCAAAUAAAUUAUACAAAUGAUUGGCAUGUAAAUAAAUAAAAAUUGAUCGCAUAUUGCUGGUUAUUUUUUUCUGCAUAACUCUCCUCUGUAAAAUUAGAACAGUACUAUAAUUGUUUUGUCGUCCACACCUAAUUCAAGCGGUCGUCGAGAAUGUAAAAAGGUUCGGAACCUCUUUCAAGAUUCCUCGCUUUAUUAAUCACAUUAGAAGAUUGUUUAAAGAAAGCCAUUUUAUUGUUUAACAAGAUAUCUCGGACGAGUAUCUUUUAUUCGGAACUAG